AUGAACGAAGAGGGUCUCCGUCGGGCAAAUGGGGUUGGAAAGAAGGGUGUCGAAGAGCCGAAUAGCGCACACCCUCCCCCCUCUCCCUUCUUGUGCGGUCCUCUGCCCUUACCCGUGGUGGAAACGGUCUGGUCGGCGAUCCUCAAAAAGGGGGACGAGAAGCUGCCGCCCCCAGUCCCUCAGGCCAAGCCGUCCUACAACAGGGAUUUGAAGUCGUGGCCAGGGAGGAGAGCAACAACAACAACCCGAUGA